AAGAACAUGAUUGGCGGGUUGAAAGUGUCGGUUUUUGGCUGAGACAGAGGUGGGCGGGCUAAAUCUUGGGUCCUCAUCUGGUACGGUCCCGUGUUAAUGACGUCACACUGUUUCGCGGGAGAAAUUCGAAAGUGGAUUUUGUGGAAUUUGACAGGUGAGGUGAAGGUGUUACUCGGGAUUUCCUAGGAAUGAAAGGUUGUAUAAAUAGUUGAAUAACUACUUCCUAUUUUCUGGACCCAGCAGUUUAUAACUUCAGAAGAAAUGAUGGAAAGCCAAGAAUUUAUUGUCCUAUAUACUCAUCAGAAGAUGAAGAAGUCAAAAGUGUGGCAAGAUGGAAUUCUGAAGAUCACUCACUUAGGAAACAAAGCAAUUUUAUAUGAUGACAAAGGAGCAUGUUUGGAGAGUCUGUUUCUUAAAUGCCUUGAGGUGAAACCUGGAGAUGACUUAGAAAGUGAUCGAUACUUAAUCACAGUUGAAGAGAUUAAAGUUGCUGGAGCCACAGGUAUCGUUAAGCAGAAUAUCAAUAAAGAAGCACCAGAGUUAAAUUCAAGGACACUGAUAUCCUCUGGCCGAUCUCUUGGAUGUCAGCCCUCUGGCUUAAAAAGGAGGUUUACUGGUUUUCAAGGACCACGUCAGGUUCCGAAGAAAAUGGUUAUUACAGAAAGCAGUGAAUCAGCUGCAUCACAUGAAGCUAAGAAACCUGGCCCUACUUUUUUUUCUCCAUUCUACAGCAUGCCUCCUUUGUUUCCUACUGUUGGCAAGAAAGAUGUAAAUAAUAUACCAGCAGACCCUGAGAACGUUGUGACUUACAAGAACAGACAGAGAAAUGCCACGGAUUUUUCUUCAGUUUUUUCUCCAUCCUUCCACAUUAACCCAGAAGUGCUAUGUGAAGAAAAUUAUUUUUGCUCUCCUAUGAAUUCUGGAAGUAAACUUUCAGACUCUUUACUGACCAAUGAGCCUGUGAAAAGAGAUAGUUUGGCAUCCCACUGUUCAGGAAUUCCACAAAACGCCAGAAGCAAAGCACAGAUAUUAGCUCUUCUGAAGUCCCAAUCAACUGAUACCUGUGAGGAACUAAAUUCUGAGAUGACAGAGCAUUUUCCUCAAAAACAACCACAUGGAAGUUUAAAGAUUGCUACUAAAUCAAAGUAUGUAAUUCAACAGGAAGAGUGUGCUGAGAUGAAGAGCACAGAAAAUUUAUACUACCAGCAUCAAUCAGAAAAUACCAUGAGAAAUAAAAGCCGCUGGGCCAUGUAUUUAUCCUCACAAAGUUCACCUAUGCAUUUUUCUACUGAAGAUGGGCAUGAUACAGAAAGGAAACCCAAGGCUCAGGAAGAGGACAUGACUUCUAAUUUGAAAGAUCUUUUCUUACAAAAAAAGAUACAGUUCUUUGAAACAUGUGCUAAGGAGGGGAAAAAGUGUAAUGUAGACAAGUCAGUUGGUAAUAAUGAUCAAUCCUGGAAUCAAGAAGUAAAAUUAGAAAUUCCUUCAUCCAGUGAUGGCAGUAGCUUACAGGUUAAAAGUGCAGAAACUGAAGGUACAUUAUCAGAAUCUGACAUUCAAGAAGAUAAUAAAAUAUCUUUUAAUCAAAAUGACAAGGUGUGCAUUAAAGGAUCAGUUCUCGUUAAAGAAAAUGAUCAGGGGGUAAAUACAUGUGGAACACUGGAAAAGGAGUGUGAACAAUCAGAGUCAUCUCCUCCAGAACCGAAACAUCUCCAGACUGAAUCUAGUAAUAAUGCUAGGAUCUCUGAUGACAUUACAGACAUGUUUUCUAAAAGUAAAAUGGAUAAUGAAAAUCUUAUUAGUAUUCAUGAAUCGCUGAGUAAUGUAACACAACCAUUUUUGGAGGUAACUUUUAAUCUGAACAAUUUUGAAACCAGUGACAGUGAGGAGGAGUCACAUGAAAGCAAAAAAAUUAGCCAGGAUUCAGAGAGUUCGGUAAAGGACAUUUUGGUUAAGGAUGACAAUUUAUGUGUUCAAAAGAGGUCUGAGAAUACAAACUGUAAAGAGAUUGAGGGUGAACAUUUGCCACUCUUGACAUCUGUUGGUGGCAAACCUACAGAGACAUUUCCUAUUAAAGAGACUCUGCCAUCACAGUUGUGUGAUAAAACUUUUGUGGGUUUUGACUUGGAAAUUUGUAAAGCUGGAAACACUGGAAAAGAAAUAGAGGAGUAUAGUGACACAUUGAGCAAUUUUGAAUCUUUUGAGUGGACUGAUGAUGUAUACAUAGGUAACAAAGAAGAUGAUAAUAAAUGUAUUCAAGAAGUCAGAAUUAACUAUGACUCUGCUUUACUUCCAAAUAAAUCUAAAGAUAUAAACAUGAAUUCACAUAUUUCUCAUAUUCGAAACCAGACUGCUGAAAACAGUAACCUAUUUUCAGAAGAUGCUCAACCUCAUCCUUUUAUUUUGGGAAGUUUAGACAAAAAUGAUGAACAUGUUUUACCAUCAACUUCUAGCAGUGACAGCAGUGUCCAACUAUUAAAUACCAAUCAGAAUCACUCUGAUUGUAUUACACUUGAUAAAUCAAAUACCCACAUUUCCAAUUCUUUGUUUUACCCACUGGGAAAAAAGCAUCUUAUUUCCAAAGACACAGAAGCACAUAUAUCUAAACCUGAAGAUUUGGGAAAGAUUAUUAGUCUACCCCCUAACCAUAUUGAAGCUGAAACUUCCAGAGAGGACAAACAAUACUGGAAUCCUAGAAAUUCUUUAGAACUUUCUGGAUUAGUAAAUACCAUUUCCAUUUUAAAGUCACUAUCUGAACACAGUACUGCUUUAGACAGCUUGGAAAUAUUGAGAAAGAAAAAUAAUGUCUUUGAACAAGGAACUCAACAGACAUAUGAGCCAGAUAGCAGUCCUGAAGUGAGGAAACCAUUUACUACAGUAGUUUCACAAGAGUCUCCUCAUCUGCACAAGGAUUCUCAACAGAUACUAAAAGAAGAUAAAGUUGAACUAAGUGAACCACUUCAGUCUUUGCAGUUCUCUUCCUUGGGAAGUAAAGAAGAGACUGCUUUUCUAGCUGUUAUUCCUAAACAAAUAGACAGGAAAACCUCUGAUCCUAAGCCUGUUGAGUUUCAAGGGCAUCAAGUAAAAGGAUCAGCCGCUAGUGGUUUAAUGGUCAGAGGACACAGCUCACAGCUAGGAUGCAGUCAGUUUCCAGAGAGCAUUGAGUAUGAAAACUUCAUGACGGACACUUGUUUUUUGUCACCAAAGUUACCUAGCAUGUGUAUGCAGAUUGACUUCUUGCAGUUCGCAGAUAAAGAAAACUUUCCAAAAGGAGGUACUAGCUUUAACAUUGAAGACAAUUUUAAAGUGCUAUCUGGGUCUGAGAAGGACUCAAUUGAAAAUGAUUCAAUUUUAGGUUUUUCUCCUAAAGAUUCAGAACAUUUAUAUCAUUAUUUGGAUUAUAAUUUUAAAUCAGCAGAGAAGACUUCAUGGAAAGCAAAUAAGGUGACAUCACCAGAACAAAACAUCUGUACAUUGAGCCCUGUUUCUACCUUUUCUUUGAACUCAAGAGAUGAAGACUUCGUAGUUGAAUUCUCUGAGAGGUCCCUGAAAGCAAGAUCUUUACCUGGUGAUCUUCAUUUUCUCCACUUGGAGGGAAUGAAAAAAUCCAGUUCUCUGGAGAAUGAGAACCUUCAACGGCUUUCAUUAGUAAGUAGAACCCGGGUUCCACUUAUUACUUUGCCACCUACUGAUGGACCACCUGACUUAGACUCUCAUUCAUAUAUGAUCAACUCUAACACAUGUGAGUCUUCUGGUUCCCCGAAGCUGAACUUGUGUGAAGAGUCAGCAGUUCUUUCUUUUAGCAUUGAGCCUGAGGAUCAUAAUGAAACCUCUUUCUGUGGAGAAUCUAGGGAAGUGACUCCAGGGGAUGUUUCACUUCUCACUAAUAUAUCUACUCAGAGCAAGUGGCUGAAAUAUCAAAACACAUCUCGAUGUAACAUGACUACUCCAAACAGAGUUGAUAAGAGAAUAACCAAUGGCUUCUUUGCUGAGGCUAUUUCUGGGAUGCAUUUUAUAGAUACAAGUAAAAGACAGAGUGAUGCUAUCAGUGGAAGCUCUUUAGACUCUGUGCAUUUGCAAAUGAUAAAAGGCAUGCUCUAUCAACAGCAGCAGGAUUUUAGCAGUCAAGAUUUGGUUUCCAGAAAGAAAGAAUUUUCUCUGAAUUUAAAGCAGACUUCUAAGACAGAGGAAAUUAAAAAUGUAUUAGGAGGAUCUACCUGCUAUGACAGUGUAAAGGAUUUACAGGAGAUAAGUGGCUCUGAGCUAUGCUUUCCAAGUGGGCAGAAAUUAAAGUCUGCUUAUCUUCCACAAAGGCAAAUUCACAUACCAGCUGUUUUUCAGUCUCCUGCUCAUUAUAAGCAGACUUUCACAGCUUGCCUCAUAGAACAUCUAAAUAUAUUGCUGUUUGGGUUAGCACAAAACUUGCACAAAGCUCUCUCAAAAGUUGACAUAUCAUUUUACACAUCAUUGAAGGGAGACAGCCUGAAAAACGUAGAAAAUAAUGUACCAUCCUGUCAUCAUAGUCAACCUGCAAAACUUGUCAUGGUUAAAAAGGAAGGUCCAAAUAAGGGUCGUCUCUUUUAUACAUGUGAUGGACCCAAAGCUGAUAGAUGUAAAUUCUUUAAAUGGCUUGAGGACGUGACUCCAGGAUAUUUAACACAGGAAGGAGCUCAACCUGGCAUGGUUUUAAGUGAUAUUAAGAGUAUUGGCUUGUACUUAAGAAGUCAAAAGAUACCACUCUAUGAGGAAUGCCAGCUUUUUGUGAGAAAAGGAUUUGAUUUUCAGAGAAAACAGUAUGGCAAACUAAAGAAGUUUACUACUGUAAAUCCUGAGUUUUAUAAUGAACCAAAAACCAGACUUUAUCUUAAGCUGAGUCGAAAGGAAAGUUCUUCAGCUUAUAGCAAAAAUGAUCUUUGGGUGGUUUCAAAAACCCUAGACUUUGAGCUGGAUACUUUUAUUGCAUGUAGUGCUUUCUUUGGACCAUCAUCUAUCAAUGAGAUAGAAUUACUGCCUUUGAAAGGCUAUUUCCCUUCUAAUUGGCCCACUAACAUGGUUGUCCAUGCGUUAUUGGUUUGUAAUGCUAGCACAGAACUGACUACUUUGAAAAACAUUCAGGACUACUUUAAUCCAGCUACUCUACCUCUAACACAGUACCUGUUAACAAUGUCUUCGCCAACUAUAGUUAGCAACAAAAGAGUCAGUAAGAGAAAAUUUUUCCCACCAGCCUUCACAAAUGUCAGCACAAAAUUUGAACUACUCGGCCUAGGAGCAACAUUGAAGUUAGCUAGUGAGGUGAUUGAGGCACACAGGUUAAACAAAGAUCAAGCUAUAGCUCUAAUCCAGAUAGCUCAGAUGAUGGCAUCACAUGAAAGUGUUGAAGAAGUGAAGGAACUGCAAGCUCAUACCCUCCCUAUCACGAUCAUACAUGGUGUGUUUGGAGCAGGAAAGAGUUAUUUGCUGGCAGUGGUGAUUUUGUUCUUUGUACAGCUGUUUGAAAAGAAUGAAGCUCCGAACACUGGAAAUGCAAGGCCAUGGAAACUUCUGAUUUCUUCUUCUACGAAUGUGGCUGUUGACAGAGUACUUCUUGGGCUUCUCAGUCUUGGAUUUGAAAACUUUGUCAGAGUUGGGAGUGUUAGGAAGAUUGCCAAACCAAUCUUACCUUAUAGCUUACAUGCUGGCUCAGAAAAUGAAAGUGAACAAUUAAAAGAACUACAUGCACUAAUGAAAGAAGACCUGACUCCUACAGAAAGAGUCUAUGUGAGAAAAAGCAUUGAGCAGCAUAAACUGGGGACCAAUAGAACCCUGCUGAAACAGGUUCAAGUAGUUGGAGUUACCUGUGCAGCCUGCCCAUUCCCAUGCAUGAAUGAUCUUAAAUUUCCAGUAGUUGUGCUGGACGAGUGUAGUCAGAUAACUGAACCAGCCUCUCUCCUUCCCAUUGCAAGGUUUGAGUGUGAAAAACUGAUUCUUGUUGGGGAUCCCAAACAGCUACCUCCUACUAUUCAGGGUUCUGAUGCAGCUCAUGGAAAUGGAUUGGAACAAACUCUUUUUGAUCGACUUUGCUUAAUGGGUCACAAGCCAGUUCUGUUGAGAACUCAAUACCGUUGUCACCCUGCAAUCAGUGCUAUUGCUAAUGAUAUGUUUUACGAAGGAAAUCUCAUGAAUGGUGUAACAGAAAUAGAGAGGAGCCCUUUAUUGGAAUGGCUACCAACCCUGUGUUUUUAUAAUGUUAAAGGACUAGAACAGCUUGAAAGAGAUAACAGCUUUCAUAAUGUGGCAGAAGCUGCUUUUACACUCAAGCUGAUUCAAUCACUGAUUGCAAGUGGAAUAGCGGGCUCUAUGAUUGGCGUGAUAACAUUAUACAAAUCCCAAAUGUAUAAGCUUUGUCAUUUACUCAGUACUGUAGACUUUGACCAUCCUGAUAUUAAAACUGUGCAGGUGUCCACAGUAGAUGCUUUUCAGGGAGCUGAAAAGGAAAUCAUUAUUUUGUCCUGUGUAAGGACAAGACAAGUAGGAUUUAUUGAUUCAGAAAAAAGAAUGAAUGUUGCAUUGACCAGAGGAAAGAGGCAUUUGCUGAUUGUGGGAAAUUUAGUCUGUUUGAGGAAAAAUCGACUGUGGGGACGUGUGAUUCAACAUUGUGAAGGAAGGGAAGAUGGAUUGCAACAUGCAAGCCAGUAUGAACCACAGCUGAACCAUCUCCUUAAAGAUUAUUUUGAAAAACAAGCUGAAGAAAAACAGAGGAAAAAGAGUGAAAAAAGAUAAAUAUCAUUCACAAAAGGCAUGGUAUAAGUAUUUUGUAUUUAUGUAAAUUUAGACUCAUUUUACACUUUUAAAUAUAUUUCUUACUCUAACUCUGUUAUUAAAAAUGCUUUAUAUUUAAAUAACAUA